AUGCUUAAAAAGUUCUAUAUAUGUGUGAUAUUUGUCAUGCAAAUAAUCAUGGCUGAAUGUCAACAAUUAUACGGUUAUACAAGUACAGACUGUACAAGGCCACCGUCAUUCGAUAUCGAUAUAGGCACAGACAAUUGUUACUCAUUUGAUACAUUUAAUAUAGGUUCGUUUAGUUAUGACAAUGGAGGCAAGGAUGAUUUUUUCUUGACGCAGUGGGACGGCAGUGGUUGUGAAAUGUCUGCGGGUUUUCUUCAUUGGCAAGCAAGAUGUAUAACGGUAAAUGGAAACCUGGAUGUGUCGUUUGCGGCUGUAAAUUCAACUGGUAUAUUAGAAUUGAUUGGUCUAAGAGUUGCAGCAAUAAGUAAAACCACAGAAAUAAUCGCUAGGAACUGCCUGUGCAGCAAAUACUAA